AUAAAGUUGGCAACACUGAUCCUGUCUAAAAGUGUCUAAAGCACAGAUGCACAGAGUACUAUACUGACUACUGACUAUAGUUUUGGAUAGAUACAUAUAAAAUUUGAUUCAUUACUAAAUAAGUAAAUAUGGAUAUGUAGUCAAUUUUAAAUACAAUAUUUUACAUCUUAAAAUCGAAUGUUUCUUAAUAAAACAACAAGUUUGUAACCAAAAAUGGCAAGUUCAAUAAUACUAGCCGGCUUAGGCAUGGCUGCCGUGGGAUUCGCUGGUCGAUAUAUAUUACGACAAGUGCCCAACGCAUCUGUAAAAUUUGCAGAAGCAAUGAAGAAUUUACCAAAAUUUGAUUCCGAAAGUUUAGCUAAUUCAAAGUAUUAUAAAGGAGGAUUUGAACCUAAGAUGACGAAGAGAGAAGCGGCCUUGAUAUUAGGCGUUAGUCCUACAGCUAGUAAAGCUAAAAUACGCGAAGCACACAGAAGAAUAAUGUUACUGAACCAUCCAGAUAAAGGAGGAUCACCGCUCAUCGCUGCUAAGAUCAAUGAGGCUAAAGACAUACUUGAAAGUGGAAAAUCAUGAGUUGGUUGUAAUUAGUGAGAAAUGAAUGUAAUCUAGUCUGCCUUAAUAAAUUUAGCUACUUCAUUUCAACUCAUUAAAAUGAAAUUUGCCACAAACUUGUAGUAAAAAAUAUAGUGUAAACUUUUUACUUUAACAUUAGUUAUAAUAAAAACAUUAUUUUAUUGUUUGUUAAAAUUUUUAAAAAUUCCUAUAUUCUUAAAAGAGAUAAUUAAAUGAUGUUACUGCAAUAAUUUUACAUCUACUCUGUUA